AUGUCGUCUCCAACUCCAACAACACCAAGCGUUUAUCAUCCUAAACAUCGAUCAUGGUGGCCUAAACAUGAAUGUGUAAUAUGUGGUUCAAAAGCUAUUGGUAUUAAUUUUGGUGCGCCUACAUGUGCUCCAUGUAAAGCUUUUUUCCGUCGAAAUGCUCGACGAAAAGAAAUUUUACAAACACCUUGUCCAUUUCGGGAUACAGAUUCCACAAAUUUAAAUAAUAGUGAUAAUAAUGAAAAAUCAAGUUAUUGUUCACAAGUACGAUAUUGUUCAUCAUGUCGAUUACGUCGUUGUUUUGAUAUGGGUAUGAAAGAAGAAUUAGUUCGAACCGAUGAAGAAAAUGAACGAUAUAGACAACUUGUGGAAACUAAUAGACAACGUCGACAACAAUUAUUACAACAAGAACAAAUAGAAAAUUCAGUAGCAAUUCUUCGGCCAAUUGUAAAAGCAAGUGAUUUAUUGCAUGAAACAGAUUGGACUCAUUUAUCAAAUAUAGUUUUUGCUUAUGAAACUCAUUGUCUUAAAAAUUAUAUUCAACGACGUAAAAAUUUAUUUAAUACUAAAAUGCAAAUACCUAAUGAUCCAAAUGUAAAAAUAAAUUAUCAUUCAUCCACAACUGUUAAUAAUUUAACAUCAUUUACAUCAUUUCUAUCAUCAAUUCCAACUAUUCAAACUCUUGCAAAAUCUGAUCGAAUGUUUCUAUGUAAACAUAAUAUUCGUCCAUUAAUUUUACUUAAUUUACAUGAACUUGAACAAUUAUGUUAUUCCGAACCUUGGCAGUUAACUUAUGAUAAUCUUUCAGCAGAAUAUGUUUGUGGAAGUAAUUUAUUUCCUGAAUUUGUUAAUACGAAACGUCGAGCUGAACAAUUAUUAAUAACUGAUCCAGUAGUAACACGUCUUUGGCUUCUUGUACUAUUUUUUUCAACACCACUUCAUUGUUAUUAUCAAUCAACUUUACCAGAAAUAGAUGUUAAUCGAAGACGAACUAUUAUGAAAGUUCAAGAUAUAUAUAUAACAUUAUUAUGGAAAUAUUUAUCACAUCGUCAUGGUGAUACGGGAGCAAUUCGUAUAUUUUUAAAUCUCAAUGCUGUUUAUUUACGAAUGCAACGAAUAAGUCAAGCAGUAAAUAAAGAAAUUCGAACACGAAAUGAUUUAUCAGCAUUAAAUGAAGCAUUCAAUCGAGCAGUGAUUAUUGACAGUGACAAUAAAUAA